AUGGUAGGGAUUAUAUGGAAUUUAAUCAGAAGGCAGAGUUUUGGUCAAAUAUGGGAUUUUACAAACCAAACGGUAGUGUCUUUAUUGUAUGAGCCAAACUACACGAAACACAUCGUUUCAUUAAAAAAAACCCCACACAUCUCAAUCCGACGUUGUUCAAGGAAAACAAAAGCUGAGUCAGGGUUGGGUCUUCUUCUUCGCGAGGAAUUAGUCAUUGACGGUGCCGAACAGAGCUUACAUCGCAUGGCAACCAUAGCUGCUGCGCCUGUUGCAGGGGUCAACAAAUUUCGCUCAAGUGUCGAAUUCCGGCGUUAUGGGGGUCAAUUGACCACUUUUGCUCCAACGUGA